AUGCACCGCACGUUGCGAAAAAUCUUCGACCGCCAAACAUGCGAUAAAAUAGAGAGCAUGAAGAUCCUCCUCGUGGGGGCGGGCGGAAUAGGUAGUGAAUUUCUAAAAAAUAUAAUCACCAUAGGUUGUAGAAAUAUCGACAUAGUGGACAUUGACACAAUUGAUAUCACGAACUUGAAUAGACAGUUUCUGUUUAAGAAGGAUGACGUGAAGAAGUACAAGUCCUUUGUCGCCAAGCAGAGGGCUCUCCAGCACAAGAAGGAUCUGAACAUCAACGCCUACACAUUCGAUGUGUGCACCAUGAAGGGAAGUGACAUAGCAAAGUACGACUACGUUGUCAACGCUCUCGAUAAUAUUAAGGCAAGAAAAUAUGUAAAUAAAUUAUGCGUAAUGGAGAAAAAGGUAUUAAUUGAAGCAGGCAGCACAGGUUAUAAUGGCCAAGUGUAUCCCAUCCUUGCAAAUGAAACAAAAUGUUACAACUGUGAAGAGAAACCAAAAAAUAAAACAUAUGCCAUUUGUACAAUUAGGCAAACCCCAUCGUUACCUGAACAUUGUGUAGCAUGGGGGAGACUUAUUUUUGAAACUUUUUUUUGUAAAAGUGAUAAUGAAACUUUGAUUGAUAUUAAAAAUCACAUUGAGGAAGAAUCAAAGAAAAGGAAUAUGGAGCAGUAUGAAAUUAUCACCUUCAUUUUUAACUACCUCUUUUACGACACCAUUAAGGAGCUAGCCACAUUGAAGAAGGACUACGGCACGGAGCCCAUCCCCAUACUGUUCAAGGAUAAUGCAAAGAAGGAAGACAAAUGUGAUGAGAUGGAAAAGGAGGAAAGUAACACCUUAAAAGAAGGGGAACCUCCCCAUGGGGGUGGACAGAACGAAGCACAUAAACACAAGGAAACCGAACCGGCCUCCAUCACCCUGUGCUCUCAAAAUAUCUGGAAACAAGAUGAAUGCAUAAAAAUGUACACAGAAGCAUUCGAAAAAUUGUAUAGUUACUUAAACAUAAAUAAAAAAACAGAGGAAUACCUGGUGUUUGAUAAAGAUGAUGAUGACUGCAUCAAUUUCAUAACAGCCAUUUCGAAUUUACGAAUGAUGAAUUUUUCCAUUAAGCAAAAAAGCAAGUUCGAUGUGCAGUCCAUCGCCGGGAACAUCAUUCCUGCCAUUUCAUCUACCAACGCGAUUGUGGCUUCCUUGCAGGCCUCGCAACUUAUUCAUGUUAUUGAACACUUGGAACGUGUGAAGGGGGGAGACGAGGCGGUCGAAAAAAUCAGUCUAAGAGACAGCAAGGCAAAACACGUGUGGGUUAAAAGUAUAGUCAGCGGAAAUAAAAUGUUCUCACGUGGAAAUAUUGUGAACGCAGAAAAUUUGGAAGCGCCCAACCCCAGAUGUUACAUAUGCCAACAGCCCAUGAUAGAUAUUUAUAUCAAAAGUUUUAGCGAAAUGACGCUAUACGAUUUUGUAAAAAAUGUAUGCACAAAUGAGUUGGCUUUCUUGUAUCCCUUCCUGGACAAACAAGAUAGAAACAUCUUCGACUAUGAUUCCUUUUUGGAGGAGGACGAAGAGUACAUAAAGAGCUUGUAUAACUCACUGAGCGAAUGGGAUAUUAAGAAUGACGAGAUUCUUAUUUUGACAGACUUCCAGAAUGAUAAGGACCAGCUGGAGAUUCACCUGAAGGAGGAUCCCACGCUCGAAGUACCCUACGACAUAAAGCAGAAAGUUGUUAAGAAAACGAAAGCGGAUGAGCUCAAUGGACCGGAGGCGCCACCCCCCAGCUCGAAAAAAAGGAAACACAUAAACGAGGAGGAAGAGCCCCUGAACGAUAAAAAGAAGGCGCGCACCCAGAACAAGGUAGAAGAAAUCGUCAUCGACGACGAAGAAUGUGUGAAUGAUAGUUUGGUGCUAAUCGAUUGA